AUGGCAGCGAAAUCCGAUGGUCGCGGGGUCGUCACCGGUUUCGCCCAGCUGCACAACCUGGAUGAGGUGGUGGGGACGGGAGAGGACGACAAUCAGAACAGCAGUUCAUUCCACAUCUGCCACUGCUGCAACACCUCGUCGUGCUACUGGGGCUGUCGGAGCGCCUGCCUGCAUUACCUCCGGGGGAAGGGGAAGGGGAAAGAAUCGGUGCGACCACCGCAUGAGGAGCGCCUCUGGCUGGACUGUCUGUGGAUCAUCCUGGCUAUGCUGGUCUUUUUCUGGGACGUGGGGACCGAUUUGUGGCUGGCCAUCGACUAUUACCACAAGCAGGACUUUCUGUGGUCAGGCCUGACCCUGUUCUUCGUGCUGGUGCCCUCGGUUCUGGUCCAGAUCCUGAGCUUCAGGUGGUUUGUGCAGGAUUACACUGGGGGAGGACUGGGCUCCGUGGAGGGGCUGAGUAGUCGUAGAACAGCCAGUCUGCAAAGAGACAGGUGCUGCCGCCUCUCUGUCUGGGUCUGGCAGACCGUGAUACACAUCUUUCAGUUGGGACAAGUGUGGAGGUACAUCCGCACCAUGUACCUCGGUAUACAAAGUCACCGUCAGAAGGAGAACCAGCGGCGUUUUUACUGGGCUAUGAUGUAUGAGUAUGCCGAUGUCAACAUGCUGCGACUGCUAGAGACCUUCUUAGAAAGCGCCCCUCAGCUGGUGCUGCAGCUCUGCAUCAUGAUCCAGAGCAACAAGGCUGAGUGGCUGCAGUGUGUUUCUGCCAUGUCCUCCCUCCUGUCCCUGGCCUGGGUGCUAGCGUCUUACCACAAACUCCUGCGUGAUUCACGUGACGACAAGAAGAGUAUGAGUUAUCGAGGUGCCCUAGUGCAUCUGUUCUGGCGCCUUUUUACCAUCUCCUCACGGGUGCUCUCCCUUGCUCUAUUUGCCUCAGUUUUCCACAUCUACUUUGGCAUUUUUGUGGUGCUCCAUUGGUGUGCCAUGGCUUUCUGGGUCAUCCAUGGCGGCACCGACUUCUGCAUGUCAAAGUGGGAGGAGGUACUGUUCAACAUGGUGGUGGGCGUGGUCUAUGUCUUCUGUUGGUUCAAUGUACGUGCAGGCCGGGCGCGGUACAGAAUGGUGGCCUAUUACACAGUGGUACUGUUCGAGAAUGCCAUCCUCAGCCUCCUUUGGUAUGCGUACCGUGACCCAGUCACCACUGACGCCUAUGCCUCUUUUGCCCUCUGUGGCGUCUUCCUGUGCUUUGCCUCAGGUGUGGCCUGUAUGGUUCUCUAUUACGGGGUUCUACACCCCAUGGGCCCCCGGCUGAGGGUGCUGGCCAGCUCCUGCUGUGCUGAGCUUCUGUGGGGCCUUCCAUUACCCCCCGAGGCCGAGCCCAUGGCUCCUACACCAGGCCCCCGUGGCUCUCAGGCCACCCCCACACGAGGUCUGGCAGGGGAACACGAAGAGUCAGAUGAAACAGCCACAGACACCUGCCUUCCGGUUUUCCAGGUGAGGUCCACAGAGCCUGUGGAUGCAGCUGGCAGGCCAAUCCGGCCUGAGGGUCCUUUCAUCAAAAUAGACAUGCCCAGAAAACGCUACCCAGCCUGGGAUGCACACUUUGUGGAUCGGCGCCUGCGUAGGACCAUAAAUGUGCUGCAGUACAUUAGCCCAAACGCGGUGGGCAUCAGGUAUAGGGACGGUCCGCUUCUCUAUGAACUCCUGCAGUAUGAAUCCUCCCUCUGAAGGCAUGUCCUCCCUCAACUCUGUCACCUCCUCUCACACAAUAUGAUGCACAUGCCUUUCCUUUCUUUCAUACUGCUCUUCCUCCUCCCCAAAUAUUAUCUCAGCUCUCUCCUUCUCUCCUUCUCUCCUCUCUGAUCAUUCAAUUUCUCUGCAGGAGCUGUGUUAGUCAAAGGAAAGUCUGUCACGACAGUCUAAACACGCAGUCAUGAUUUAUUUUUGGAAAAAGCAUACCGUAAAGAGAGAGAAAAUGUUGAACCUACAGUAUUCUGAUGUGAUAAACAGUAUACAGAAGUACCAUAUGAAUCCCUCUACGUUGAUAGAGGAAGGUUCAGUAUGAGUGUGUAGAUAACAUAUGAAUGUUUCAUUAUGAAAUGUGUUUAAUGCAUUAUAUUGUAUUGGUGAUUAAACCUGUGAAUACUUGUGAAGGGCAUAUUGUAUGUCCCUGUGACAUGGGACUGGCGCAAAGCCUGAUGGGAAUGAUGGAGGAGAGUCCCAGAGGGGGGCAGGUCUUUGCACAUCCCAACAUUUACUGCCAUUGUAUAUGUCAAUUAUUGAAAUGUAUGAUAAUGUUUACCAAGUCCUUAGCCCAUGAAUUAAAAAGCACUAAAAUGUCUAUCACAACACUGUACAUUGCAGAAAGGACACAAUGAAAGAUGUGUCUUAGAGAAGCAUUUAAAAAAUGGAUUUUCCCUCAAGUGUAUCCUGGAUGUACUAUUUCUGUUCAAAAUCCUUAAUUGUAAUUGCAUCAUGUGUGGAAGAAAAAAGAACACUGACCUUCAAUCGGUUCCAGUCACACGUUUGACUUCUACAGUGCAUAUUGCCCUCCAGUGGAGGCAUGCUGUAAGAGCACAUCUUCCUUGGUCAUUUUUGCAGUAGUACCGAGUUAAAAAACAACAACAGUGAAACAAAUGUAGAAUGUAGUUGACAUGAGCACAACAUUUUCUAAAUUGGUGGGUAGAAAAUUACAAUUAAAAUACAUUCCAAAGCCUUUUUUCUAAAAGAUUGUAAGUGUCUAGUAAGUAAAGGGUAGAAGGAUAAAAAUGUGUGUUAACACAUUUUUGUUUGAAGUGCAAAGACAGCUUUCAAGGAAUCCUCCACCAUUCCCUUCUGAAUCCUAGAAAGUACUCCCUUAUACAACUUCCCUUUUUUGUUUUCCUAUCAACUACUGUUUUAGGUUGAUUAAGAUAUGCUCAUUGGGUGCAAAGACUUGUAAUAAGUUCUUGAAAAAAAGACAAUUCUGAGAAGAUAUUUCUAUGCUAUUAUACUUCAGUGCGUAUUUGUGUCCACAUUUAUGGUCAUUGACAUAACUAUAUUUUGCCAGACCACACACUUUUUUACAUAGCUAAAAAUGUGUUCAGUGCAGUGUUAAAAGUCAUUCUCCUCAACAUCAGUGUGCCCUCAUAGAGGUUAUACUGUUCGGGCACCAGCUAGCGCAGUUGAAACAAAGCCAAAUCACAUCUAACAGUACUGUCUUUCCAAGUUAUCUGCCCCCGUGAACCAGUAGAAUUAGUCCUUGCAAAACAUGUGCCAUCUAUAGGCCAGAUAAACAUCUCCCAGAUCUACGUGCAGGAGCUCUCCAUGACGGAUACCCGCAGAACAACCACUGUAUUCACUCAUGACAAAAAUGAAAUCAAAUUUCAAAAACACGCCCUCUAAGUCACAUGACUUACAUUUCCAGAAAGGGCUAAACGGAACAAUUCAAAGGGAAAAUGAAUGCAUUUCAUACUCUGAGUUUAUGUACUUAAUCAAUGAUUCAUCCGAAUAUAUAAUGCGUGUUUUUUACAUUGCAGUGUCUGGCAUGACUUUAGUAUGAGGCAUUAAUACAAAUGCACCCAACAAGGGGUGCCCAAGAGCCCUACACAAAACAGAGAUUUCUUUCUCCUGGCUCACUGGCUUUGUGCCUAGCUGUGGCCACAUGCGCCUGCUAACAUCGUACUGUAAAAGGCAGAUGCCAUGUAAGUUCAGGUUAAAGGUGAGAGGGGGUUUUUGCCAUGGGUGGAAAAGAACACGAGGACAGAUUGUGAUAAAGGGCUUGACUGGAGCAUAUGUGUAUGAUUCCUUUUAGGCUUGUGUGAGAAAGAGUGUUUACCUCUUAGCACAUACUGUUCAACCUACAGCACGCAUUAGGGGAUGCAAUUUUUCUUGUGGGGCGGUGGUGUGUUUGCAUACUUGUCUUAUGUGUCUCCUCAGCCCUUUCUCACAGUUCUGUUCUCUCGCCGAUUGUUCGGCUCCAUCCUCGGUUGCUGCUCCACCCUCUUCCCCAUCUCUUCGGUGCUGGGCCUUGGUGCACUCCCGUGAAACACUCACACUCUCUGGUAACUGAACAAUGGGGUUUGAGGCUGAACAACUGGAGAUCCUGACAUGAGAACAUGCAAUGAGGUACACUGCCAUAACCAAGAGCUUCAACAUCCAGGGUCUUCCACCCUUUAGCUUAAAAGUGAUGUUCAGCCCUGAGUAAUUGAGAACUGUUGGGUCAGCUAGGGUGGAGAAAACAUCCAUCACAUCAUGUGUAUAGAUGUACAUGAGUAUGCAAACAACCAACUUGUUCAUUGUUUACCAUAGUAGCCAGACUAGUUCCUCUCUGUUGUAGUGAAUGAACAGCCAUGUUAAUAGUUAGUCAAUUAAGGAAUAAUAGGUAUUGUCAAACUAAAAAAAAAAGCUAAGCAAAACAGCCAAUAUAGGGGUUCCUCAGGACCAACAAACAAGACCACUGAACCAGCUGACUCAGGGGUAUCUCAAUGCAGUUCACAUCCCCAGGCAUGUCCUCAAGGGUCUCCAUUUUUUCCUUAACAUAUUGCAUCCUGGACCACUCCUCGGCUGGGAUUGUAUCACUAGAUUAUGAUUUGCAUGUUUAUUUUCUUGGGAAUAUUAUACGUUUUUUGUGGUAGUUGGCUGCCUGGCAUAUGGUGCAUCCUUUCUAAACACUGCUGACCUUUUUGAGACGUGGACACAUGUCCAAAUCAGGUGCAAAUACACUGUGAUUCAUUCAUUUGUGUGUUUGUGUGUGUGUGUGUGUCUGUAUGUGACAACGGUAUUAUAUAGCAUCAUUAUGUACAACUGCGCUGCAUUUUGGCUGCAUAAAACACAGAGUAUUUAUGCUUGCUUAACUGUGUCAUUAGAAUAAUAAUGGCGGUUAGUUACACUCAUUGAUUUUAAUUUUACAGUGCAAAGAGUCUACAAGUCUGAACUUUUCAUGAAACAUGCAGUAUAUUUUACAUAUUUCUACAGAACAAUUAUAGUUUUACCAUAUUCUGCAUCUAGUAAAAAGGAUUAGCUAAAAGCUAGUUAAUAAGUGGGUUUUGAUUUUUCCUUAAAAUUAUACACGGGUUUCAAGAGCUAAGCUACACAAGAGUGCAAGGAAAAGCCGUUACUAUACAGUGUAGUAGUUAGGCUGCCACACUUUAUACUCUAAUCAAAGAAAAUCCCUUGCAGAGAAUUGUUUCUGUCAGGUUACCUUCCCAGUUCCAAAUCCCUCGACAGCCACAACACACAGCAAGAGCGUUUGAACAGCAAGCUUGUCCGUCUCAGUCCUUGUUGAGCCUUUUCACUUUGGGUGCUUCAAUCCAGCCAUGGCAGCCAGGUCCGCAAACAACAAUGCCAACGUCUUUCUUUACUUGUUUCAUGUGCCAGCACAUUCACCAAGACGAUGACAACACCAAACAAUAUUCUUCCUGUCGGUCUCCACAAAGCAGAUCAAGCCAAGUUCUCUAUACUGACAGCUCUCACCUUAGUCUACAACACCAUUUAAUUUACCUCUUCAUCCAAGUUGUCAUCAACAGGACUGUACUGUUUCCUAGUUACAGUGUUACACUUAAACUUCACAGUGUGACAGAACCAAGUGGUGGUUACAGUGUGAAACCCAGUUAUUGGCUCUAUCAAAGACAUAGGAGAAAAGGUAUGGCAAAACUGAACAUCUUCUGUACUUGGACGUAGGGUUCCUCAUCUUUAUUACACUUGAGCAAGCUGAAUACACAACAGCCCCAGUUGAUUCAGCAAGUUACAAAUUAGCAGUUUGGACUGAGCUCAAAAGCAUUAGUUUUGGAAUGUUUGAUGGAUAGUUUUAACAAAUGCCAGCCACGAUACCAAGCGAUUUGGUCAAUGAUUGUUUUGUACUUUUGUCUAUGCCUUUACAUCUUCUUCUGUCUUGCAAUGAUGAAUGAUUUGUAGUGCCAAGACGUAAACUUUGUGUCUUUUGUCUCGUGUGAAGAAAAAAACCUUGUCUCGCCAAAAUAAUAACGCCUGCAGUUGGAGUAAAACAUAGAGGAAGUCAAUGAUGACAAAAUGCGCAAAAAAAUCACUCACGUUGCAUUUUCUUACAAUGGAAUGAUGAAACAGGCCCGAUCACUGAUUCACUUUUAAAUAACCUCAUUUCCUGGUUUUCCAACCACCUCCCAGCAUGCCUUUAGAAGUCAUUGUGAGGUGACCCUCAACAUUUAGCAUGUAAGUGCUCUUGACUGCACAACAAACCCUCUGAUUUCCGCAUUAAUGUGUAGCAGCAGGUCAUUGUAGUGUUUGACUUGGUUUCAGUCUGUACCUUUGUGUCAUGACCAUCUGUUUGACCACUGGAGCAGUAUGUUCAGAUGAUAAAACGGUGCAUUUUGUUCUUUUACUUUUGAUCCUUCUUUGAUUUCUGUUAAUAACAUGGUGCUGAAUUUAAAAGGUGCUACCACUGUGGCUUGCAGUCCACUUUUUAGCUUUCUGAUAGCAGCCUUACGGUUGACUGAGAGGGCCUGCGCCCCGCAAACUUGCAGUCUCAAAAUGCUCUAGAGCUAGCACCUCAAAUCCACACAGUUUACAGCAGAACUAAACUCUCAAUGGUGCCAUUUUGAUUUUUCCAACCUGCACAAAAAACAACAUUUACUCUGUUUAUAUAUACUUUAAUAUACUGGUUUCAGCAUACUGUAUGUUUUAAUUUUACUAUGAUUAUAUCUGCACUAGGAUUUUUUUCUUUCUUUUUCUCUGAGAGACUGAAACUGGCAGAUGAUAAAAUGCAUCACUUUGGCACAGGAGCACAAAUGUACUAUUGCUAAUGGAAUUUGGAUAAAAAAAAUCAAAUAGAAUGUGAUUGCUGUGUUGUAAAUUCCUGUCAUCUAUAUGUCCUUAAUCUGUGUGUAUCUAUUUUUGUUGUUAUUGUAGAAUUGGCUGUAAUAUUUUGUUUUUAAAAUGGAUUUGAUAUUCCAAUGAAGCGACCAUGGUUGUCAUAUUAAUUGCUGCUGAUUUUUGAAAUUGUUAUCGAAGGUGUUGGGAAAUAUUGUUUUGUUUAUAUUCAAUCAUUUCUAGAUUGUGUUAGCUUGUUGGUGUAUUUCACAAAUCUAUCAGGAUACUCCCUAGACUACAAGAUUUACCCGGGGUAUUCCAAAAGUUGGCAUCAGUAAGCAAAUUUGCUACAAUCUGUAGCAUCUUUAUGAAAGUGUACUCAUACAACCUAUGUUGUAACUGAGAACAUAUAAGGAAAGAUUUCUUUGUUGUUGUUGAAAUAUAAAAUGUAAGUAAAUUGUGUCAUGGAAUCCCCGUUUUUUAAAAAAAAAAGAAGAAAAAAAAAGCCAAAACCGAUGUCCUAUUUAUGGGAACAAUAUGAAUAUUAUUAAUAACAUAUGGUGCUACAGUUCUUUUUGUAUGUUUUGGUUUUUAGAUGAAAAGAGAAAUAUUAUGCUGAAAAUGUAAUGUUAAGCCUUACUGUAGAUUCAUAUAUCAGACUGUUCAUCCCAGAAGAGAAAAUAAAUAUAGUAUUUGAAAGUGCA